UAUUACACGUGAGCUGUUGGUUGCUUACUGUUAUGUAGCAAACCCAAUCUUAUGGAAUUUUCUUGUUCUUAACUCAAAAUUCCCAGAAUUUUUCAGAAUGAAAGUAAAAGUUCUUUCCCGAAAUCCUGACGAUUAUGUGCGUGAAACAACAAGAGAUAUACAUCGAGUUCCUAGGAACUACGACCCAACCCUGCAUCCGUUUGAGGUGCCCAGAGAGUACACCCGAGCCCUGAAUGCCACAAAGCUGGAGCGUGUCUUUGCCAAGCCCUUCGUGGGAUCCUUGGACGGACAUAAAGAUGGCAUCAACUGCAUGGCUAAGCACUCAAAGAGCUUGUCCACGUUUCUGUCUGGAGCUUGUGAUGGAGAGGUGAAACUUUGGAAUCUUACAAAGCAAGAGUGUUUCCGCACUAUACCAGCUCACGAAGGCUUUGUCAGGGGAAUAGCGUCUCGUUUCUGUGGCACGUCCUUCUUCACAGUGGGCGAUGACAAGACAAUCAAGCAGUGGAAGAUGGAGCCUCCAGGGUACGGGGAACAGGAGGAGCCCCUCAACACCAUCCUGGGCAAGGCGGUGUUCACAGGCAUCGAUCAUCACCAGACAGCGGAGACGUUCGCCACGUGUGGCCAGACGGUGGACAUCUGGGACGAGCAGAGGACCAGCCCCAUCCGCAGCUUCUCCUGGGGGGUGGACAGCUUCAGCUGCGUGCGCUACAACCCUGUAGAGACCGAGCUCCUGGCCAGCUGUGCCUCAGACAGAAGUAUAGUGCUGUACGACAUGAGGGAAGCCACUCCUCUCAAAAAGGUGAUCAUGAAACUGAGGAGCAACACGCUGUGCUGGAACCCCAUGGAGGCCUACUACCUCACCUGCUCCAGCGAAGACUACAACCUCUACACCUACGACAUGAGAGUGUUGGACAAACCGGUGACCGUCCACAUGGACCACGUGUCUGCGGUGCUGGACGUGGACUAUUCCCCCACGGGCAGGGAGUUUGUAUCAGCCAGCUUCGACAAGACCAUCCGCAUCUUCCACAAGGACAGCGGACACAGCAGAGAGGUGUACCACACCAAGCGCAUGCAGCACGUCAUCUGUGUGCGGUGGUCAGCUGACAAUAAGUACAUCCUAAGUGGCUCAGACGAGAUGAACAUCCGCCUGUGGAAGGCCAACGCCUCGGAGAAGCUGGGAGUGCUGACUUCACGGGAGAGGACGACGACCCACUACAACCAGAAGCUGCGCGAGAAGUUCCAGCACCACCCUCAGAUCCGCCGCAUCGCACGCCACCGCCACCUGCCGCACGAUAUCUACAAGCAACGCAACGAGAUCCGCGAGAUGAAGGGCGCCCGCCGCAGGAAGGAGCUGAACGUGAGGAAGCACAGCAAGCCGGGAUCGGUCCCCGUGGUGACAGAAAAGGAGAAGGCCGUGGUGACGGUGGUGAAGUAGAGGAGAGAUGGAGGAGGAGGAGGAGGAGGAGUUGCUGCAGAGACCUGAUGCUACAUGCAGUGCUGAAGCUGCUGUAUGGACAUAUCCCACUCAAACGCACUCACUCACACACGCACUCACUCACACACGCACGCACGCGCACACACACACACACACACACACAUUCACAUACACUCACACACACACACAUUCACAUACACUUAUUCCCAUCCAUGCGCAUACCAUGAGACUUCUGACUUGUUUUUACUCCCUUUCCUUGUGUACCUUGCAAGGGGCAGUCAUGGUGCAGUCAACUAAACAUGAUACAAAAUCAAGUGGUUCCUAAUGCAUGCGCACGCACACACACACACACACACACACACACCUUCCAGUUCCAGGUUGUCAAAGGAGAUAUGUAUUUACUCAACUGGACUUGUGUUUUGAUCUGGAAGAUGUUUCAACAGAGACUGGUUUUAAAUGUUCUUAAAGGGAUCUUUGGUUUCAUUCUGCAAGCUCCAAGACAUACUGUAUGGACACAUGGAAACACACACACACACACACACACACACACACACACACACACACACACACACACACACACACACACACACACACACACACACACACACACACACACACACACACACACACACACACACACAGGAGAAAGUGGGAUGGGCUCUCCGAGUCUUGGCAGAGCCUCUUUUUCCUGAGUGAAGGACAUUCAGCAGGAUGUGUUGGACGGCCCAUGAUAAAAAUCUCCCUCUCAUGCAUUUCCAGAGAUGUGCUGAAGGAAGAGAGAGGAACACUGACAGAGUGGAGAAUGUGGUCAGAGUGUUUCCUAUAUGAAAAAGACAUCAUCUGUAAUGUUGACAAAAAAAAGUAUAUGAAUUUUUUUUUGCUAUAUUAAAAUUGUGUUUAAUACUUGGAAUAUA